AUGGGAUCCCCUAAUAUUGAUACGGAAAUUGAUGACUUAAAUACCACUGGGUCGACACUGCAAUCGGACAAUUCAUCAACGAAGCAGCAGAGAGCUCUUUAUCUGUGGAAGCGGGCUCUCAAAAAGGUCCAGUCACUAAACCUGGAUCCAUGGAGUAUUUUUUCAUGGAGUGCAUGCCCCAGCCAAUGUGCUGUCAGACACCGAUACAGCGCAAUUAAGAAGAAGUGGGUCGUAGAUGAAGUACGAAUCAAAAUGGAGUCACAACCGUUUGAUCGUGGAGCAAUGCGGGAGUGUUUUAGAUUGAAAAAGCUAAACCAGAGAGGAACAGUAUCAGAUGACUGGCAACAUACGUCUAAUUACGUCGCUAAACGAUAUAUAGCACCUGUGGAUAAACAGGUUUAUUUUGACGAUGUGCGUCUACAGAUGGAAGCAAAGUUAUGGGGUGAAGCUUUCAAUCGCCAUAACCCUCCUAAAAAGGUGGAUAUUUUCCAGUUAUCUGUUCUGGAAAUUCACUCUGAAAAUUCCCUCGCUGAUGGAAAAAAGGAAUCUGCGUCCUCCGUUUUCUUUCAUAUUGAACGGUACAUGGAAGGUGAAUACCGAAAAUACAACUCAAAUUCCGGCUUUGUUGAUGAGUGUCUGCGAAAUACACCUCAGACUUUUAGUCAUUUCACAUUUGAACGGUCUGGUCAUCGAUUAUUGGUAGUGGACAUUCAAGGCGUUGGAGACUUGUAUACUGAUCCCCAGAUUCAUACAUCAGAUGGAGUGGGUUACAAUGACGGAAACUUGGGCACUAGAGGUAUGGCUUUAUUCUUCCACAGCCACAAAUGUAAUCCCCUGUGCAAAUGGCUAGGAUUAGCUCAGUUCGAUUUGGCCCCUUCUGAAAUGAGUUCACAAGAUCAUUACUAUCAAAUUGAUAAUAAUGUCCCGAACCCUAUAGAAGUGGAACCUGAGCAAGGUGAACUAAGCACAUAUGGGCAUAUCCGAAAGUCGAAAUUCCGUCGACGCACAGUCAGUUUAAACACUCAAAUAUCCUGUAAAUCUCCCUCACAAUUAUUUGGUUCAACAGUUGUUCGUUCAUCUGAGAACAUGCUCACAUCAGCACUAUCUGGAACUCGUCGACGUUGCGCUAGUGCUUCUUUGUCCGACCAUUGCAAAUCUACCGGACAGAGUUUGGGUUAUGAAUCGUCUUUUCACUCAGUGGAUGAUGAUCUAGCAUUCAACAGCUUUAGCGCUUUGAAGCUGGACGAAACGCAAUAUUUGAGUCACCCCUUUGAAUUACCAAGUAAUAAACUUUCACCCGAUCUAAAUGCUUCGGCUCUUGGGCAGAGUUAUUCACAGCCACUACUUAAGCAUUCGUUCUCAAGAAAUCGUGCUUCAUCUGGUGACUCAGGAUACUCUGGACGAAUUAAUUUAGUUCAACCAUGUUUUCAGCCACUCGAUGGCAGAUCCCAUGAUAUCGCAUCUGAGUGUCACCAAGACCCUGGAAAUACUGUUCAUGAUCCUGCAUCUGCAUUGGAUUCGCCAUUACCUCUUUCCCCACUUUAUCCCUUAAACAUGCGACUUCAUUUGGAACCACGUUCAGUGGUGGAUGAUUUCUACCUUUCAGGAUCAAGUCACUUGGUUCUCAAUCGCGGAAACAUGAUCGGUCGAAGACAACGUAACACCAGUGAGUCCAGUGAUCUAGAUUCAGAGGAAUAUCAUCGUGUGACAGGGAAUUUACUUUACCAGUUAAUGCAUGAAAACCAUAAGCCAAGUUGCGCCGAUCAUCCUACAAAUUUGGAUCAGGAAAUCGGACAUUCUAUUCUCGGACAAAUACAUCACGAGCUUGCUAGGCUGCAUGAAGCUGGACGUUUUAUUUCUUCGAAUAAAGGCGGGUGGUCACAUGCUGGAUUAGGAGGUUUGGCGAUGAAUCCAGAUGAGUUAAUCAAUGAUGAUGCUUCACAAGUUGAUAUUUCUGAUGAAGAUCAUAAUGAAGCAAACUGUGACCCGAAAACCUCCAUUGAUUGGUCAGCCGUACUAUUCCAUGAACGUCAUGCAGCUCAGUUGGGCUGCUUAGAAGCUAUGAUAGUCAUGGCACAUUAUUAUCUGGGUUUGCCAACUCAACUUCUUCUCGAAUGUCCAGUCAAGUCUGAUCCAAGUGAUAUUCGUGUUGGUAUCGAUCAUCUCUGGCGUGCUGCAGAAGGUGGUGAUCGUCGAUGUAUGAUCUUACUUGCUCGAUAUCUAGAUGUGUCAGUCAGUCUUUUAAAUACAGAACAUCAAUUGAACUUUGUCACAACCCCGAGUGAUAUGUUAAUACUUCCGGCUUUGCAAGCUUUUAUCGAUAGUGAUAAUCAUUCAUUACUUCCUUCCAUCUCCCCUGACUCUUGGUCUGAAGCUAUCGGGUGGUAUAAAAGAGCAGUUGAUUGUGCAACAGGUUCAUCUGCUUCCGGUGAUGGGUGUUCAGAUGAAGGCUUAGAUGCUGAAGGUCGUUAUGAUGCUGCUGAAGAUUUGUUACCGGUUUAUCGUAUUCUGGCUCGUAUGGCUGAAAUGUAUUCUGUUGGUGGUUUUGGUCUUAAAAAAAACUUAUCAUUAGCAGGAGAUCUCUUCAGUCAGGCCGGAGAAAUUGCAUCUUCUGCAUUGCAGGGUCGCUUAGCUGCAAAAUAUUUUGAGUUAGCUGAUGAAGCUUACUCAUUGGUUGAGCCAAUAACAAGUGACUAG